UGUGGCCUUGAGUAGGUGUGGCUGCUCCUAUUAAAUAGCUGCUCUCAAUGGCUGAAAGAGCAUUCGCCUUUUGGCUGGAGAAAGAGAGAGAAAUGUCUUCUAAUCCUCCAGAGGACAGAAACAGAGUAGCUGCUGGCAGAGUUAGUGGUACAGGAGACAAGAACAAUACUUUCCCGCGCAGAGAGUCUAGCGGAGAAGAAGCCAGAGGUCUAUCAAACUCCCUGACAAAGAGCAGUGCUAGCAUAAACACAAUACAGUCUGACAUUGACCCCAGCGAACUGUUCAGACCUACUAGACCUCCUAUAAGAGCAACCCGACCACAGAGCUGUGCUCCUAGCUAUACUCGCACAGCUAAGAGUCUUCCAUCACUUCAAACAUCAACAACACCUCAUGGUCCUGCUCCUGGAGGAGAGGACAGUAGUAGUAAGACUAGUAGGACUUCACCUGCUCACGAAACAAUCAAAGAAGAUGAAGAAUGUCCUCCAUCAUCAGCUCCAUCUGCCCAGUCUUCCAAAAGAUGGUGGAACAGACCCUCUCAUCCUCCUACUACCGGCAGGCACCAUUCAGUAUCACCUUCUUCUUAUUCUUUUGUGAGCUACAUCGAUGGACCAAUCAGAUCAUCCACACAGACGCAGUUUAAUAGAACCUCAAGACCAAGCCUUGAUGGAAUCGGAGAGGAUCCUUCUCCUGGUCCCAUAUCCCGUUCCAGUCCUGUUGUUACUCGUCCUACGAGAGCAAGAGCUCACUCUAACUCUCGGACCCGUAACGUCCUACGCCCCCGCACUAAAUUAACUACUCCUUCGGAAGAUGAACUGAAAGACUUUUGGAACAUGGUGCUAAGAGCUAUGGAGACUGUCACUAAUAAGCAAAUAUACUUGAAGAGUCCAACCAUAUCACGUUAUCAGCCUCAAGCCACACCUCCAAUAGCCACACCCUCUCCUCCAGGUCAUAGACGGGUAGGCCAUCAGUCGGUGAGAGGGGGUGUGGCUACUCCGCCCCAUAUUGCACUAGCAGUUGAGACUGGAUUGAUAAUGAAAGGAGGUGACACUGCACUUGUCAUUCACUGCAAAGCUACUGGUACAGUACAAGACGCUAUUAAAGAGAUCCUUGGCAUGACCACUCAUAGUUCUGCCCCUUCUUUAUAUUCCGUCUCAAAUUCCUCAAACUUUUUAUUAAAAGUGUGUGGGCGGGAUGAGUACAUGGAAGGCGACAGGUGUCUAUUGGACUAUGAGUUCGUCCACCAUUGUAUGAAACUAGCAGUACAUGCUCAUGUUGUCAUUGUUGAGAGAAGCCUAGUCAAACAAAUACAGUCGCAUAUGAAACCCAGUGAGUUAGACAUUAUAUCUACAGUACCGUACCAAGGCUUGUCUCAAGAUGACUUAACCUCACUGUUCGAUAGUUACGUCACUAAAGAUGAAGAGUUUCGCUCAUUAAUGAAGACUCCGCCCCUUAAUUAUAUCAAACAGUAUCAGCAUGUCACUGCUUGUGUGAAGCUCCUUUGUGAGAGGGCGGGGUUUAUUGAGCCUCACUGUCUCUCUGAGGCAAUCUUUAACCUCAAGAGAGCCUGCCAGGUGGCAAUGGGCCGAGACUCUUUCUCUACUACCAUUGCUCUUGAUAUGGAGCUGGUGGAAGAUGGGUGGAGUCGUAUUAAUACGUCAGAUUUAAAGAAGCAGCAAAAGGACACGGUACAAGAUAUCACUCAAUCCCUUGACCUCCUGCUAGCGGCCGUUAGAACUACUGUGGAGACAUACUGUGUUACCAUGGAAACACCUUUUGAACCUGUGUGGAUUGAAGAUGGUUCUAGUGUUGGGGACGUGUCAGGGGGUGUGGCCAGAGCAGGUGUGGUUGAUUCUGAAUUGAAGUUACGAGUCAAAGUUUGUGCACUUCACAGAAUACCAGCACAGGAACUCUGCCAGUAUCAUAUUUUCCAGCUGGAAAUGUGUGUCUAUUACGGUGGCAAGCCUUUGUGUAAAAAGGUUUUUGCUCCAAAAUCAAAAAUAUCCCGCGGGUUCUUCCCUUUUAUAACCUGGGACAAAUGGUUAAAUACUUAUAUUCAACUUGAUCAAUUGCCCCUUGAGUCCAGGAUGUGUUUCACCCUUUAUGGGCUCCUCCCUCCUCCAAGCAAUAAAGACUAUCGACACAUCAAGGAGCCUCUAGCCUGGGUAUCAACAAGACUGUUCACGUCCAGAGGUCGGCUGGUGAGUGGUAUUAAGAUGUUAGGAAUGUGGCGAGAUGAUUCUCCAGCUGAUCCUUUGAACACAGUCACUAACGACAUUAAAAACAGGAAGAGCAUUGCUUUAGAGAUUUAUUUUGAAAAUUAUAAUCACACUUAUGUAUCACCAAGAAACACCUCCUCAUCAGGGUCCUUGAGGCCAGUGAGACCAUUCCCCGUUAAAGCCAUUGCUGAUAAUUUAAAUGAUCUUGUCUUGAAAGAUCGAUUUGAAGAGUUAUCGGAAGAUGAUAAGAAGUGGGUGUGGGCCCAUCGCUCAUCAUGUCCUUCUGUCCUUUGUUCCCAUGCCCGUGGUCUCCCUCUUCUGCUGUCAGUGGUGCCAUCAUGGCACUCCAGCAACCUCUCAACAGUCUAUCAGCUACUGGCCCAAUGGUCCAAUGACAUUCACCCAACGUACGGUCUGGAGCUAUUGGAUUCUCAGUAUCCCGACUCUGUUGUGAGGAAAAAGGCAACUGAUAUUGUUAGCCAGUUAUCAGAAGAUGAUUUCAUUGAUUUGUUACCACAGCUGGUUCAAUCUUUAAAAUAUGAUAAUUUUCUUGUGUCUCCGAUGAUAAACCUUUUCAUAUCAAAAGUCACCACCUCUCCAAGGAUCGCUCAUUUUCUCUACUGGACUCUCCUCCCACUAAAAGAUGAUCAGUAUUUUGGUGGUCUGUACACACUACUACUGGCAGCUGUUCAGACUGCCUGUGGAGAAGAGAUGGGAAUGGAACUCUCCAAUCAACUGGACAUGAUCCAUGGGCUCAACGAUGUAGCAAUGACCGUUAAAUCAUCAAAAGAUCACCAGAGGCAAACCUCACUGGUCACUGGAAUACAGCACCUGGCGGGAACCCUACCACCUGUCAUCAGACUCCCCCUCAACCCAGCACUGCAGUGCUGUGACAUCGACAUUGAGAGUUGUUCCUUUUUUAAUUCUAAGACUCUUCCACUGAAAAUUGCAUUCAAGAAUGCCGACCCAUUUGGGAAUAACAUAGACAUUAUUUAUAAAGCUGGUGAUGACUUGCGUCAGGAUAUGUUGGCCCUUCAGUUGAUCCGGUUGAUGGAUAAGAUAUGGCUAAGGGCUGGCCUGGACCUGCGUCUCAUUACAUACCGUGUGCUGUCAACUGGUCGGGACCAAGGGCUAGUGGAGAUGGUAACGGAGAGUGCUACUUUAAGACAGAUACAGACGGAGCAUGGACUGACAGGAUCCUUUAAAGAUAAACCUUUAUCUGAAUGGCUCAUGAGGUACAACUCAUCUGACCUGGCAUGGAAACAGGCAACUGAGAACUUCACUCAUUCCUGUGCUGGCUAUUGUGUGGCUACUUAUGUACUAGGUAUUUGUGAUCGCCACAAUGAUAAUAUAAUGGUUAAGAAGACAGGCCACAUGUUUCAUAUUGAUUUUGGUCGUAUCCUUGGUAACGCUCAGAUGUUUGGGUCCAUUAAGAGAGACAGAGUACCAUUUGUCCUCACUCCUGAUAUGGCUUAUGUCAUCAAUGCUGGAGAUAAACCAUCCAUUAGGUUUCAAAAGUUCACUGAUCUUUGCUGCUCGGCUUUUAACGAACUAAGGAAGCACUCACACCUUUUCCUUAGUCUCCUCUCAUUGUUGUUAUCUUCAAAUAUUCCUGAGUUGUCAUCAGUGGAUGAUAUUAUGUAUGUGAGAGAUGCUCUCCUUCCUAAUGUAACUGAUGAGGAAGCCACUUAUCAAUUUACAAAGAAUAUAGAAGCUAGUUUGGGAACUAUUGCUACUCAGAUCAAUUUCUUCAUUCAUAAUUUAGCUCAAUUUAAAUUCUCCACUCCAGCUCCUAGUCAUAGCUUACUCUCAUUCUGUCCUUCAUCAUAUUCGAUGGUCACUGAUGGAAAGAUACAGAUGGCAGUUGUAGUUGCUUAUUAUAAGAAAUUCUAUCCAGAAAGAUAUAUUUCUUAUCAGAUCCAGGUCACAAGACGUGAUUCUGCUAAACAAGUCGACCUAAUCUUCAGGAGGUACAGUGAGUUUCAUGAGCUUCAGACAAAACUAGUCGAGUGUUUUCCAAAUGAAACAAACCUGCCACACCUACCAAAAAAGACCUACCUACCUGGGACCUCCUAUACCAGAGAAACGUCAGAGAAGCGUCGUGAUGCUCUCAAUGUGUACCUCCAGUCGCUACUGACGAUGAGUCCAAUUGUGUCUGAGUCAGAUAUAGUCUACACCUUCCUUCACUGCUUGAUGAGGGAUGAGCAGGAUCUGAGGACAAUGAAAGAAGAGGAGCAAACAGCUGCUGAUACUGUGAGUGGUAAGGUUAAGUUGGACCUUCAUUAUCGCGAGGACCAGCAGAAGCUGUCAAUAAUGGUCCAACAUGCGAGGGAACUGGUGCCCAGGGAGGGGGCGGAGUCAAUUGAUCCUUACGUAAAGCUCUACCUGUUACCUGAUCCAACUAAAGCCACGAAACUAAAAACUAAAAUAGCUAGGAAGACACUCAACCCAACUUAUAAUGAGACAUUUCAGUACAGUCUCUCUCAAACUGACUUGAGGUCCAGGUGCCUCCAGCUGACAGUGUGGGACGCCAGCAGCUUAUUGAGUAAGGAGUGCAUUGGCUGUGUACUGAUAGAGUUUAAGGAGAAAUACAGAGACUUAGCCAAAGGAUGGACCUCGUGGUUUGAUCUACAACCUACCUCCCUCGUUAAUAGAUCUUGAACUUUAUUAUUAUUAUUAUUAUUAUUAUUAUUAUUAUUAUUAUUAUUAUUAUUAUUAUUAUAUUAUAAUUAAUAGAUGAGUGCUUUAUUACCCAAUCACUUAGAUAUAAAUAUAUUGUUUAUGUUGUUUAUGUUGUUAAAAUUAAAAA